UCUCUCUGUCUUUCUUUUGUUUCCCACCAUUUUCGGCAACCACAGAUCACAAAAGAAAAUGGAGAAGCCUUUGUUAGGAGAAAGCAGCGGUGGACGAGAAAUACGUUUUAGAAGAAGAGAUCAGUCCACGUCCAAGUUUCCUCGACGUUCUGAUGCCAUCACUCAUGGUUCUCCCUUUCAAAAAGCUGCUGCUCUUGUUGAUCUGGCUGAAGAUGGUAUUGGUAUACCGGAAGAAAUUCUUGAUCAAGCAAACUUUGAAAGUGUUGCAAAGUUCUACUUCAUCUUUAUUCAGUUUGAUAUCAUUUGGACCCUCAAUUACUUUGCAAUGCUAGUACUAAAUUUCUUGGAGAAACCGCUAUGGUGUCAAAAUAAUUCUGGACAUUCUUGCAAUGAUAGGGAGUACUUCUAUCUUGGGGAGCUGCCGUACUUAACUGCUGCAGAGUCCUUUGUUUUUGAGGGCAUAACUCUCAUCAUACUAGCGGCACAUAUUUUCUUUCCAAUAUCAUAUGAAGGUUUCCGUAUCUACUGGAAAAAUCCUCUUAAUUGUUCCAAGGUCAUUUGCCUAUGCAUUUUGGUCGUUGAUUUGGUGGCUUAUGCGAUUUAUGCGUCUCCAGUGGCUUUCAAUUUUCUUCCUUUCAGAAUUGCACCUUACAUAAGAGUUGUCUUGUUUAUUCUAUACAUCAGGGACUUGCAAAGGAGCAUCAUCAUCUUGGGCGGAAUGCUUAAGACUUAUGUGAAUGUCUUGGCUCUAGGGUUUUUAUUUCUGCUUUUCUCCAGUUGGUUAGCCUUUGUCAUGUUUGAAGAUACCCAACAGGGGAAAAUAGUUUUCACUUCAUAUGGCAUCACAUUGUAUCAGAUGUUUGUUUUAUUUACAACAUCCAACAAUCCAGAUGUAUGGAUACCUGCAUACAAGGUUUCACGUUGGUAUAGCCUUUUUUUCAUCCUCUACGUGCUAAUAGGAGUGUACUUUGUCACCAACUUGGUUCUUGCUGUCGUAUAUGACAGCUUCAAAGACCAGCUUGUAAAACAAGUUUCUGAGAUGGACCGUUCGAGGAAAAGAAUACUGAUGAAAGCCUUCAAUCUCAUUGAUAAGAAUGAUGCAGGAUACCUUAAUAAGGAGCAAUGCAUUCAUUUAUUUGAAGCACUUAAUAAAUACAGGACUUUGCCAAGCAUAUCAAGGGAAGAAUUCGAGUUGAUAUUUGAUGAACUUGACGAUUCUCAUGAUUUCAAGAUCAACUUGGAUGAAUUUGAGGACCUUUGCAAUGCAAUCGCUCUAAGAUUUCAAAAGGAGGAUGCUCCAUCGUACUUUGAAUACCUUCCAUCAAUCUACCAUUCAACUUUCUCUGAAAAGUUGAAAGAGUUUGUACGAAGCCCUAAAUUUGGCUACAUAAUAUCAUCCAUUCUCGUCAUGAAUCUGUUAGCUGUCAUCACUGAGACAACGCUUGAUAUAGCCAACAAUUCUGCUCAAAAGGUGUGGCAAGAAGUGGAAUUUGUCUUUGGGUGGAUCUAUGUUGUGGAAAUGGCUCUAAAAAUCUAUGCAUAUGGAUUUGAGAACUAUUGGAGGGAUGGUCAAAAUCGCUUUGAUUUUGUGAUCACUUUGGUUAUAGUUAUCGGAGAGACUGUAACUUUUGCAUCUCCUAAUGAGCUGACUUUUCUUUCAAAUGGAGAAUGGAUUCGUUACCUCCUCAUUGCAAGAUUGUUAAGAUUAAUAAGGAUCUUGAUGUAUGUUAGAAGUUACCGGGCUUUUGUUGCCACAUUUUUAACCCUCAUACCAAGUCUGAUGCCUUAUCUGGGCACAAUAUUUUGCGUCAUGUGUAUUUAUUGCUCUCUUGGUAUUCAGAUCUUUGGCGGGCUUGUCAAUGCCGGGAACCUCAAUUUGGAAGGAACAAGUCUUGCUGAAGAUGAUUAUUUGCUUUUCAAUUUUAAUGACUAUCCAAAUGGAAUGGUGACACUUUUUAAUCUGCUCGUUAUGGGAAAUUGGCAAGAGUGGAUGCAGAGUUACAAGGAUUUGACUGGAACUUACUGGAGCCUUGCAUACUUCAUCAGCUUCUACCUAGUAACAGUUCUAUUGCUUUUGAAUUUGGUUAUGGCUUUUGUCCUGGAGGCGUUCUUUGCUGAAAUGGAACUUGAGACAUCAGAAAAAUGUGAAGGAGAGGGCAAGGAAGGAAGCAACUCAAAAUCCCGACGCCGAUCUGUUGGCACAAAAACUCGCAGUCAAAGGGUUGAUAUUCUUCUGCAUCAUAUGUUAAGUGCAGAGCUGGAAAAACCAGAAUGCUCCAAUGCAUAAAUGGUUUCUUUCACAGUUCUGGAUUUCUAGCAUUUUAACUAGGAAAAGGUGGAGAGAGUUUUCCUUCCUUCUGAACUCAAGCCAGUCUAUAAUCUGAACGUUGUUUGGAGGAAUUCUCAGAGGAGCUCGGCCAUUCUUUAAUCAACAUGACGUGUUAAUUCUAUGUUUAGGAACAAUGUAAUCUUGAAGCUGCCCUGGUCUAUUAUGGUACACAAAGAUUUGUCAUUGUAAAAGAUGCACGUCUCCUAAAGCUCUUUUGCUUUAAAUUUUCUUUUGUUUUUGCUCUUUUCACACAAACAAUCUGAUUGUAAUAUGAAUCUUUUCCAACAUGUUUAUUAAUUUAAAGAAGUAAUAGGUUUUGCUGUA